CUUAAGUCAUUACCUCUCAACUAAAGCUUCUUCUCUUCCUCUUUUCUCACACUUCCAAGAGUGUGCAGAUUUGCAUUGCCACAUUAGAGGUGUUGGUGGCGCAUUUUCCCGACUAGCAAUGAGGCACAACGGUGGCGACGACCCCCGCCGGGGUCGUCAUGUGCCACAAAUCUUAGUGGCAUUGGCCAUUUUGGCUGUUGCUAAUAUUGUUUCUGCUGACCCUUACGUAUAUGCUUCUCCCCCACCACCAACUUACGAGUACAAGUCACCACCCCCUCCUUCUCCUUCUCCGCCACCGCCUUAUGAGUACAAGUCUCCACCACCUCCUUCACCAUCUCCACCCCCACCUUAUGUGUAUAAAUCACCACCACCUCCUUCACCAUCUCCUCCACCUCCGUAUGUGUACAAGUCGCCACCCCCUCCAUCACCAUCACCUCCACCACCAUAUGUGUAUAAAUCACCCCCACCUCCUUCACCAUCUCCACCACCUCCGUAUGUGUACAAGUCACCACCACCUCCAUCACCUUCUCCUCCACCUCCAUAUGUGUAUAAAUCACCACCACCUCCUUCACCAUCACCACCUCCACCAUACUAUUACAAGUCUCCUCCACCACCUUCACCUUCACCACCUCCACCUUAUUAUUACAAGUCUCCCCCACCACCUUCUCCAUCACCACCUCCACCAUACUAUUACAAGUCUCCUCCACCACCUUCUCCAUCACCACCUCCACCAUACUAUUAUAAAUCACCACCACCCCCUUCACCCUCUCCCCCACCACCUUAUUACUACAAGUCCCCACCACCACCUGCUAAGUCACCUCCUCCACCAUACUACUACUCCUCCCCUCCACCACCAGUUAAGUCACCUCCUCCUCCGUACUACUACUCCUCCCCUCCUCCACCAGUUAAGUCACCUCCUCCUCCAUACUACUAUUCUUCCCCUCCACCACCAAUUAAGUCGCCUCCUCCACCGUACUACUAUUCCUCCCCUCCACCACCAGUUAAGUCACCUCCCCCACCAUACUACUACUCCUCCCCUCCACCACCAGUUAAGUCACCUCCUCCACCAUACUAUUACACUUCACCACCACCCCCAACUCAUUACUAUCCUCCUCAUCAUUCCUUGGUCGUUAAGGUUGUUGGAAAAGUCUACUGCUACAGAUGCUAUGACUGGAAAUACCCAAAGAACUCCCACGACAAGAAGCACCUCAAAGGUGCUGUUGUUGAGGUCACAUGCAAAGUUGGUGACAAGAAAAUCAAGAGCUAUGGUACCACUAAAAUCAAUGGCAAGUUUGCUAUCACAGUCGAAGGAUUUGACUAUGCCAAAUAUGGAGCAGAUGCAUGCAAGGCUAAACUCCACCAAGCACCAAAGGGUUCAAAAUGUAACAUUCCCACAAAUCUACACUGGGGCAUUAAAGGUGCUAGCCUCAAAGUGAAGUCAAAGAAUAAAUAUGAAGUUGUGCUCUAUGCAAAACCAUUUGCUUAUGCCUCUAAAACUCCUUAUGAAGAAUGCAUGAAGCCUAAGCCAACUCCUGCUCCUUACUAUUACAAAUCUCCACCUCCUCCAUCACCAAAAUAUAUAUACAAGUCACCUCCUCCUCCAUCACCAAAAUAUGUGUACAAGUCACCACCUCCUCCAACCCCAACGUAUGUGUACAAAUCACCACCCCCACCAUCACCAAAAUACGUAUAUAAGUCACCGCCUCCUCCAACCCCAACGUAUGUGUACAAAUCACCACCCCCACCAUCACCAAAAUACGUAUAUAAGUCACCGCCUCCUCCAACCCCAACGUAUGUGUACAAAUCACCACCCCCACCAUCACCAAAAUACGUGUACAAGUCACCACCUCCUCCAUCACCAAAGUACGUAUACAAGUCCCCGCCUCCUCCAUCACCAAAGUACGUCUACAAGUCACCGCCUCCUCCAUCACCAAAGUACGUAUACAAGUCCCCGCCUCCUCCAUCACCAAAGUACGUGUACAAGUCCCCGCCUCCUCCAUCACCAAAGUACGUAUACAAGUCCCCGCCUCCUCCAUCACCAAAGUACGUCUACAAGUCACCGCCUCCUCCAUCACCAAAGUACGUAUACAAGUCCCCGCCUCCUCCAUCACCAAAGUACGUGUACAAGUCCCCGCCUCCUCCAUCACCAAAGUACGUAUACAAGUCNCUUACUAUUACCACUCUCCACCUCCACCCGUGAAGUCUCCUCCUCCUCCAUACCACUACACUUCACCUCCCCCACCCGUAAAAUCACCUCCUCCUCCGUACUACUACACUUCACCUCCCCCUCCCGUAAAAUCACCUCCCCCUCCAGUAUACAUUUAUGCUUCCCCGCCACCACCAGUCCACUACUAAGCAGUUUGAAAAGCUUGGCCAUUUUCCACAACCACGCAAAUUUCAGUUUAAAUCACAAAAUAAAUGAUGGCUUCUUGAGGGAAAGAUUCAGAGGUCCAUGGUCAAAAGCAAUUAAUUUAAUCAAUAAGAUCAUCAACUUUGCAAUUCAGAGGUUGAUUCCUAGCGACUUGGACCACUUCGCUUCUACUUCUCUGGUGGCCUUCUUACACAUUGUUCUCAUUGUGUCUUCACGUGGAAGUGGCUUCAACAGCUUAGUUUUUUUAUUAGAAUAUUAAUUAUUUGAGUUUUCAUGUUUCUUGAUGUUGCUUCUUUAUAAUUUAUUAUUGUAAGUAUAUCUUUGUUUGAUUUGUUUUGUGUUAAUUAUUGUUGGCUGUCUCCUAGUGCCUACUUGUGCUUUGUGCACCAAAUCAAUAAAGAGAUGAAUUUUGUUCACUUCA